AUGGGGUCCCUCAUCGCCAUCCGCUAUGACCGUGCGAGCGGCCUCUCGCUGCUGGACCAGCGCAAGCUGCCGUUUGAGACGGCGUGGCUUCCAACGCCGACGCCUCAGGACGCAUGGCAGCAAAUCAAGGAUAUGGUUGUGCGUGGAGCCCCGGCCAUUGGUGUCACUGGCGCGCUGUCUCUAGCAUCUCACCUGACGCGCAACGGCGGCGGCAAGCAGUACAGCAGCGUGGCGGCAGUGGUGGAGGAUGUUGAGAAGACCAUGGACUACCUUGUGACCAGCCGCCCUACGGCUGUCAACCUGGCGGACUCUGCCACCAAGCUCAAGGCAGUGGCGCGCCAAGCGGCGGCGGCGGAGGGCGCCACCCCUGAGAGUGUGACGGCUGAGGUGGUGGCGGCUGCGGAGGCGACCCUGGAGGAGGAUAUCGCGGCCAACAAGGCCAUCGGCGCAGCAGGCGCCAAAGCGCUGCUUGACGCGGUGGCGGCGCGCGGCCGCACGCGCAGUGGCGGCAAGGUGCGCGUCCUGACGCACUGCAACACGGGCAGCCUGGCUACAGCGGCCUACGGCACGGCGCUGGGCAUCAUCCGCGCGCUGCACGAUGCCGGGGCGCUGGAGCACGCCUACUGCACAGAGACGCGGCCAUACAACCAAGGCGCCCGCCUGACUGCGUUUGAGCUGGUGCACGACGGCCUCCCCGCCACCCUCAUCUGCGACAGCGCUGCCGCGGCGCUGAUGGGCGCGGGUGACGUAGACGCUGUGGUGGUGGGCGCGGACCGCGUCGUGGCAAACGGCGACACCGCCAACAAGAUUGGCACCUACGCCCUGGGCAUCGCGGCCGCGCACCACAGCCUGCCGUUCUUUGUCGCCGCCCCCACCACCACCCUGGACGCGUCCCUGCCCAGCGGCGCAGCAAUCGUUAUUGAGCAGCGGCCACCGGAGGAGAUCACUCACUUCCGAGGGCAGCGCGUGGCGGCGGAGGGCAUUGGCAUCUGGAACCCCUGCUUUGAUGUGGUGCCCGGCAGCCUGGUGGAGGGCAUCGUGACAGAGAGGGGCGUCGUGCCGCGCGACCACGACAGCGGCGGCCACGCGGUGCGCGCCUUCAUGGGGGCGCUUGGCCUGUGGAGCCCGCCGGCCGCCAGCGGCAACGGCAACGGCAAUGGCGAUGCUGCGGCUGAUGGCAGCGCAGCAGCUGAGGGCGGUGACGAGCCCAAGGCAGUGCUGGGGCGGCCACUGGGUGAGGAGGGCGUGCGCGGCUACGUGGCGGCGCGGCCCGCGCUGGCGGAGAAGGUGGGGCCCCCUGAGGGCGCGGCCGACUGGCAGGUGGAGGUGCGCGCCGACGGCAACAUCAAUUUUGUGUACCUGGUGACGGGCCCGGCUGGCGGCCUGUGUGUCAAGGAGUCGCUGCCCUACGUGCGCUGCGUCGGCGAGAGCUGGCCGCUGUCGCGCGACCGCUGCCGCAUUGAGGCGGAGGCGCUGCGGCUGCAGCACGCGCUGGCGUCGGCGCACGUGCCCCGCGUGUUCCACUUUGACGGCGGCCGCAGCCUGAUUGCCAUGGAGUACGUAGCACCCCCCGCCAUCAUCCUGCGUCACGGCAUCGUGGCGGGCCUCAUCUACCCCCGGCUGGCUGGGCACGUGGCGGCCUUCCUGGCGGCCACGCUGUUCAACACCUCACUGCUGGCCCUCGACUCGCGCGCGUUCAGUGGGUGCGGGAGUGCUUUACAAGGUGGGGCUGUGGUUGUCAAUGUUUGA